AUCAGCAGCAGCAGCCACGGUUUAGAGCUCUAUUGUUCCCUGUUUUAUUACGGAAAGAGAGCCUGUUCUGCCUCUCCGAACCAGCCACCACACACAGAGAGAGAGAGAGAGAGAGAGUGUGACAGAGAGGGAGGAGUAGAGAAGAGAGAAGGGAGAACCAUUCACUCACCCGGGAUUACUUCUUGUUGAAGGGACGGUCCAGCCCUCGUGUGAGAGAGGGACAAAAGCGCAGGGAGCUCGUCCGCACAGCGUGCGUCUGUUUCCGUGUGUUUUCCGCGCGUCGACUUCCCUGCCAUUCUCCCCCCCCCCCCCCCCCUUUUCAUUUGCCUAUUGGUGUGGAUACUACCGCUGCCGUCCGCCCUGCGAGAGCCAUGGGGCUGCCCGGCGGAGUGAAGGGGACGCUCAGUGUGUGGCGGGGGUCAGUCCCCUCUCUUUGGAGGCUAGCGCUGGUCCUCGCCUUGAGCUCGGGAGCCACAGAGGCACAAACUGCAGCCAGCUCCAAACCGAACGUCUAUGUGUGGCAAACAGGUCCGUGGGGCCGCUGCAUGGGCAGCGAGUGUGGCCAGGGGGGCAGCCAGAGCCGGGCGGUGUGGUGCGCCCACUCCGAAGGCUGGACCACCCUCCACACCAACUGUGACCAGGCCGAGCGGCCGGACAGCCAGCAGAGCUGCUUCCGCGUCUGCGACUGGCACCGAGACCUGUACGACUGGCAGCUGGGAGCUUGGAACCAGUGUGUGCCCGUGUCCAUGCGGAGCCCCGGGGCGGUCCAGCGCCCGGCUGUGUGCACCCGCGGCGAGGAGGGCAUCCAGACGCGCGAGGUGGGCUGUGUCCAGAAGGCGGACGGCGUGCCGGCGGAGGACGCGGCGAUAUGCGAGUACUUUGAGCCCAAGCCCAGGCUGGAGCAGGCCUGUCUGAUUCCGUGCCCGCGGGACUGCGUCGUCUCCGAGUUCACCCCCUGGACCUCCUGCUCCAAGACGUGCGGCACGGGCCUGCAGAACCGCAUCCGUUAUGUCCUGGCGCCGCCCCUGUUUGGCGGCUCGGCGUGUCCCAACCUGACAGAGUUCCAGACGUGUCAGCCCAGUCCCUGUGAGGGCCCGGAGAGCCUCUACAGUCUGAAAGUGGGUCCCUGGGGGCCCUGCUCCGUGCCACCGCCCCGCUCGGCCAGGCAGGCCCCGGCCACCAGUGAGGGCAGAGACGCUGUUGUCCCUCGCCAGCCACGCAAGGAGAGAGAGGGUAAAGAGGGCAAAAAGGCUGCCGUCCCGCGACAGCAUCGACUCAGCAAAGAGGAAAGGUUGAAAAGAAAGGAAGGAAGAAGGGAGCUGAGAAAGGAGGCCAGGAAAGGCAGACAGACUGCAAAAGAAGGACGCGGGAAGAACAAAGAGAGAGUCAGUGAGAGGGUUAGAGAGAGGGUGAGGGAGAGGGUGAGGGAGAGGGGGAAAGUGAAAGACCCAGAGACCAGGGAGCUGAUCAAGAAGAAGAGGAACAGAAACCGACAGAACAGACAGGGAGGGAAGUUCUGGGACUUGCAGGUGGGCUACCAGACCAGGGAGGUGACCUGUGUCCACAGGAGUGGCAAAACCGAAGCCCUCAGUCUGUGCUCUCAGGAGUCCCUCCCGGUGACCUACCAGGCCUGCGUUCUGACCAAGGAUUGUGAGGUCACCGAGUGGGCAGAAUGGUCACCCUGCUCCAAGGGCUGCUACGAGCUCAACGGCCGUAUGGGGGAGCGCACGCGCAUGCGCCAGGUCAGCCAGUUCCCAGUGGGAGGAGGAACGGAGUGCCCGGAGCUGGAGGAGAGGGAGCCCUGUACCGCCCAGGGUGAAGGGGUGCCCCCCUGCAUCACGUACAGCUGGAAGACAACUGAAUGGACUGAGUGCAGGGUGGACAUGUUGCUAAGCCAGCAGGACCGUCGUCGUGGUAACCAGACAGGGCUGUGCGGGGGUGGAGUCCAGAGCCGUGAGGCGUACUGUGUCCAGGCGACCAGCGCCGAACACGCCUCCAACCUCAGCGCUCUCAAGAGCAAAGAAGCCUCCAGACCCGUGGACAAUGAGCUGUGCCUCAGUCCGGCCCCCAACACCACUCAGCUGUGCCACAUCCCCUGCCCUGUGGAGUGUGACCUGUCCUCCUGGAGUGCCUGGGGACCCUGCACCUUUGAGAACUGCCUGGACACAGCCUCUAAGAAAGGGUUCAAACUGAGGAAGAGGAGGAUCAUCAACGAGCCCACAGGAGGAACAGGAAGCUGCCCUCACCUGGUGGAGGCCAUACCAUGUGACGAGCCCAGCUGCUACGAUUGGCUGCUGCUGAAGCUGGAGGAGUGUACCCCGGACAACGACAGAGACUGCGGAGCUGGAACCCAAAUUCCUCAAGUCCAGUGUGUCAACAGUGAAGGUGAGCAUGUAGACCGCCAGCUGUGCCGUGACGCCAUCCUGCCCAUGCCCGUCGUCUGUGAAGUGCCCUGCCCCAAGGACUGUGUCCUCAGCCCCUGGACCCCCUGGUCGCUGUGCUCACACACCUGCUCCGGGAAGAACACCGAGGGGAGACAGACGAGAGCGCGCUCGGUUCUGGCCUACAACGCCGGGGAAGGCGGGCUCCUGUGCCCUAACAGCAGUGCUCUGCAGGAGAUGCGUAGCUGCAACGAGCACCCAUGCACCGUUUACCACUGGCAGACGGGGCCUUGGGGACAAUGCAUCGAAGACACCUCGGUUCCCCUGGCCAACUCUACCGGGGCCCGGGUCGCGGUCGGGGACUCGUCCUGCUCUGUGGGGAUGCAGACGCGGAAGGUCAUCUGUGUCCGGGUAAACGUUGGACAGGUGCCUCCUAAGAAGUGUCCGGAGAGUAUUCGUCCUGAGACAGUCAGACCCUGCCUCCUGCCGUGUAAAAGAGACUGCAUUGUCACCCCCUACAGCGAUUGGAGCGCGUGUCCUGUCACAUGCAAAGCAGGUGGAAACACGAAAAGGAAACAGAACAGGAAACGCAUCAUCAUCCAGCUCCCAGCCAAUGGCGGACAGGACUGCCCGGAUGUGUUGACUCAGGAGAGAGACUGCGAGGCGGGAUCCGUCUGUCUCGGAUACCGGUGGAAGACGCACAAGUGGCGGCGAUGUCAGCUGGUUCCUUGGUCUGUUCGUCAGGACAGUCUUGGGGCAGUGGAGACCUGUGGACCUGGUCUCCAGGCACGAGCGGUCUCCUGCCGGAAGCAGGACGGUCAAGCAGACAUCGGAGCAUGUCUGAAGUUCGCUAGCUCCAUGCCCCCUCUGACCCAGCCCUGCCAGCUUCCAUGCCAGGACGAUUGCCAGCUUACAGCCUGGUCAAAGUUCUCUUCCUGCACACAGGACUGUGUGGGCGUCAAGACACGCAAGAGGGUGCUUGUAGGCAAGAGCAAAAAGCGUGACCAGUGCAAGAACAGCCAGGUGUAUCCCCUCAGCGAGACCCAGUACUGCCCCUGUAACAAGUACAACGCCCAGCCCGUGGGGAAUUGGUCCGACUGCAUCCUGCCUGAGGGUGGGCGCGUGGAGGGCCAGCUGGGCAUGAAGGUCCAGGGGGACAUCAAGGAGUGCGGCCAGGGCUACCGUUACCAGGCCACAGUGUGUUACGACCAGGACGACCGGCUGGUGGAGACGUCGCGCUGCAACAGCCACGGGUACAUCGAGGAGGCCUGCAUCAUCCCCUGUCCGUCCGACUGUAAGCUCAGCGAGUGGUCCAACUGGUCGCGCUGCAGCAAGUCCUGCGGCAGCGGGGUCAAAGUGCGCUCCAAGUGGCUGCGGGAGAAGCCGUACAACGGUGGGAGGCCAUGCCCCAAAUUAGACCAUGUGAACCAGGCUCAGGUAUAUGAGGUGGUGCCCUGUCUCAGCGACUGUGGUCAGUACGUGUGGGUGGCUGAACCCUGGAGUGUCUGGAAGGUCAGCAACGUGGACCUCAAGGAGAACUGCGGGGAAGGAGUGCAGACCAGAAAAGUCAGAUGCAUGCAGAACACGAUCGACGGGCCGUCGGACCCGGUUGAGGACUACCUGUGUGACCCGGAGGAGAUGCCCCUUGGGGCAAGAAACAGCCAGCUACCCUGUCCUGACGACUGUGUCCUGUCCGACUGGGGCGCCUGGAGCCAUUGCUCACGGCCGUGCAACAAGAACAGCACUCGGGAGAGGACGGCGUACCCCAUUCGCCAGCCCGGAGAGGGCAGGCUGUGCCCCAACACCACUGAGAAAGAGCCCUGCAGCCUCAACAGCAACUGCUAUCACUACUCCUAUAACAUCACAGAUUGGAGCACCUGUCAGCUGAGUGAGAGAGCUGUGUGCGGUAGUGGUAUCAAGACACGCAUGUUGGACUGUGUACGAAGCGACGCCAAGUCUGUCGACCUCAGAUUCUGUGAAGAGCUGCGGCUGGACAGGAAGUGGCAGAUGAAGGCUUCGUGUGUGGUGGAGUGCCCCGUCAACUGUCAGCUUUCUGAAUGGUCACCUUGGUCGGAGUGCACACACACCUGUGGUCUAGCAGGGAAGCUGUGGCGGAGCAGAACAGUUCUCCAGGUACCCCAGGGGGACGGGAGGCCCUGCUCCCCUCAGAUGGAGCAGUGGAAGCCCUGUCCUGUCAAACCCUGCUACCGGUGGAGGUACAGCCCCUGGUCAGAAUGCACAUCAGAGGGUGCUCGAUGCGGAGAGGGGUUGCGUUUCCGUAAUGUGUCCUGCUUUGUGUCGGACGGUUCCGGCCGGGGAGAAGGCUGCCUGGUGGAUGAUGAGCUGUGUGGUGACCUGGAGCCCUCUGUAGACGGAGAUAAGCCGAUCACACUGGAGGAGGCCUGCACCGUGCCCUGUCCUGGUGACUGCUACCUGACGGAAUGGACCGCCUGGAGCCUGUGCCAGCUGAGCUGUGUCAGCGGUGACGACCUGGGCUUUGGUUCGGUGCAGGUCCGGUCCAGAGCCGUGCUGGCCCAGGAGCCGGAGAACCUGCUGCAGUGUCCGGAACAGGACUGGGAGGCACGUCCUUGUACCGAGGGGCAGUGCUACAGCUACAGAUGGAUGACCGGGCCAUGGAGAAGCUCCUCUAGACCGGUCUGGUGUCAGAGGUCUGAUGGAUUAAAUGUCACAGGUGGCUGCCCAAUGACUGCCCAGCCUGUGGCAGACAGAUCAUGUGACCCAGCCUGCAACAAACCACGCUCCUACUGCACAGAGGCAGGGGUGUGUGGCUGUGAGGAGGGCUACACCGAGGUGAUGACGUCGGACGGCCUGCUGGACCAGUGCACGGUGAUCCCCGUGUUGGAGAUCCCCACAGCCGGGGACAACCGAGCUGACGUGAAGACCAUCAGGGCGGUCAGUCCCACGCAGUCCUCCAACAGUCUGCCGGGCCACGUCGGGCGUACCUGGUUCUUACAGCCUUUGGGACCAGACGGUAAACUGAAGACGUGGGUCUACGGCGUAGCACCGGGAGCUUUUGUCUUGCUCGUAUUCGUCGUCUCCAUGACCUACCUAGCCUGCGCCGGUUGUGGUUUUUUCCGCCACCGUAACUCCGCCUCUGAGCAGGGCGUUGACACGGUAGUCUGGGUAGAGCAGGAAGACCACACCGUGGCGUACACGUGUCCUGACUGCCGGCAGGAGGCGCAGGAACUGAAGAAACGGCAACAUGAACAGCAGAAAACGGAUCAGUACCCGCAAAAUCACCUACGGCAACAGCCACCGGUGCCACAAAACCCACACAGUCGGGCCCAGCCGCGCAAUGAACGGCACCAGUGUCAGGCGGAGCCGCGACAGCGUCAACACCAGAGCGCCCGUGAUAAACGCAGUAGUCAUCGACAACCACGAUGCAUUGAAACGCUCAUAACCUAGGUGUUCCUGACCUAGCGGUGUCCCGCGCCGCCGUGCUCACACAAGCUCCGCUUUCCCUUCGCCUUUCUCUCCUUCCACACGUCCGCUGUCGAAAUGUGCCUGUCCCGACCGAUCACACGGAGCUGUCGACGGAGUAAAAAGCCAAAGAAACCUCAGAGAAGACAAAUGCAUAAUAACCGGCUCAAACCCUUGACACUGGCCUAUGACGGAGAUGCUGACAUGUAAA